AUGCCGACUCUCCGAACAGCCCUUCUCGCGCUCAUCGGGGCGGCCGCGGUCACACUCUACCUCGCCCACGUAAUCACCGCCACGCGCUGCCAAGAGACUACUGGCUUGGCGGUCCUGCGCGGACAGAAGCUGCCUCGACUGGCGGGCGGCGCCGGCGCUGCCGCCAUCCCGGCUACGGCGGCCGUGACGGCGCCUCUGGCGCCGGAGAUCCUUGGAAACCUCCGCCUCAACGAGCCGGCGCGGAGGCUCUUUGGGUCGCUGCGGCCCGCGACGACGCCCGUGAUCCACUUUACCUUUGGCUCCGGCGCGAUGCUCGACUUCCUGCGCAACUGGCUGCACUACGUGCGGCGCGCGGGUCUCGAGCCGGCGGUCGCGGGCGCGGCCGACGCGCAGAUGCUUGCGGCCUGCUCAAAAGAGGGCAUCGCGGCGCUCGGGAUCGUGGAGGGGCUCGACGUGUGGACGUAUGAGCGGUCGGCCGCGGCAAAGACGGUGGUGCAGGAGGGCGCGGCGGAGUGGAAGUACUACCGGCACCACAAGAGCUCCUUCCUCGAGCUCGGCCUGGUCAAGGCUGCCUUCCUCCCGCUGCCCUCGUAG